AUGAAGAGGGCAACGUACUGGCCUCAAGCAGUCCUGAUACUCGCAUUCAACUGUGGUGCUCUUCUUGGCUGGUCCGCUGUUGCCGUUUCUGUGAACUGGGACAUUGCUCUUCCGCUGUAUGCAGGCGGACUUGCUGAACUCUGGUGUACUACAGUAUCUAUGCCCACCACAGGAACGUGUAUUGCAUCAAACCAAUAG